CUACUGGUUCCGGUGUGGGAUUCGGCGGGUGUGAGGCGAGCGGUGUGCGGGACGGAGCGGAGGUUCAGCGCGGCCGGGGAAUGCUCGUGGCCUUCUGAGCCGCUUUCCGCUUUCGCCAUGUCCGUCGUGCCGCCCAACCGCUCGCAGACCGGCUGGCCCCGUGGGGUCAACCAGUUCGGUAACAAAUACAUCCAGCAAAGCAAACCCCUCACGCUCGAGCGGACCAUCAACCUGUAUCCACUCACAAAUUACACUUUUGGGACCAAGGAACCCCUAUAUGAAAAGGACAGUUCAGUCGCUGCCCGGUUCCAGCGCAUGAGGGAGGAAUUUGACAAGAUUGGAAUGAGGCGGACUGUCGAGGGGGUCCUCAUUGUGCACGAACACAGGUUGCCUCAUGUGUUGCUUUUGCAGUUGGGCACAACUUUCUUCAAACUGCCAGGUGGUGAACUUAAUCCGGGAGAAGAUGAGGUAGAAGGUCUCAAACGUUUAAUGACAGAGAUCCUGGGUCGCCAGGAUGGCGUGCAGCAAGACUGGGUCAUUGAUGACUGCAUUGGUAACUGGUGGCGACCGAAUUUUGAGCCCCCACAGUAUCCGUAUAUUCCAGCUCACAUUACGAAACCAAAAGAGCACAAGAAGCUCUUUUUGGUUCAGCUUCAGGAAAAGGCUUUGUUUGCGGUCCCCAAAAAUUACAAGCUGGUAGCUGCUCCAUUGUUUGAGCUCUAUGACAAUGCACCAGGUUAUGGGCCUAUCAUUUCAAGCCUCCCCCAGCUUUUGAGCAGGUAGAGUAUGCUGUUCAAUUUUAUUUACAACUGAAUUCCUGAAGUAUGUGGUAGAAGCCGUCUCUGUGAGAACAGCUUUAAAAUGUAGAAGAGAGAACCUGACACAAAGAUUUUUUUUUUAUGUCUCCCCCUUCCCCAAACUCUCUACCAUCUGAAUAGGAAAGUGAAUCUUGACUGUUUAGAUAGUGGAAUGAUGAGUGUAUUUGCAUUUUAAUCACCUAUGUUGUAAUAGUCACUUGACUUUUUUUAAAAAUAACAUUAAAACAAAAUGAUCUCCUUUC